AUUACAAUUUCUGAGUAACUUGCCCAACACUGAUGCACACUAUGAAAAUUUUCAAUAAAUGUGUGGAACAUUCUGGUAACCUUGCAGUGUGGUUCAAUAUGCAUGUUUAACUGAUUUUGCAUGUGAUCUAAGUAGCUACUUGUGAAAAGGUUUUCUUUUAAGCUAAUUUGGAAUAAGUUUGUACAGUUCAUCAUGGACCUGAUAAAAUUCUUCAUCACUUGGAAGCUUUGGCAGAUUAAAAGUUUUUAUUAAGCAGGGAAGUUGACCACUGUGACAGAAGGUCUUGGUCUGGCCUGUGGAGCAGAGAUGGAGUUUCGGUUCAGACUGAGCGUCUCUAGUUUGCAGUCAUUGCUGAGGGCUGCAGGGUUGUUGCCAUCUUUGAAUCUGUUCUGAGUAACUCAGAUUGGCAAACUCACAGUAACUCCAAAUAAUAAAUGGCAACGACAAUAUGUAAAAUGAAGUCCACCAACCUACAAUUCUUUUUAAAAAACACAUCAAGGAGUAAAAGGGACAGAAUAUCAACACUGGGCAGUUUACUAAGGAUGGUGCUCAUGCAUGCUGCUGUUUGGUCUAGUUUCUUUGGCUUGUGUCCAAACUAUCAUGCUGUGCAUUUCUAGGAGUUCAGCCAAACAUAUUUUUUCCUUGUUAGAUAUCAGGACUGAAGGACUGUGCAGGACUGAAUGAUCUAACAUAACAAGAAAAAAAUAGGCUUAUCAGAAAAAAUUACAUGUCCAUUAACAAAUGUUUCCCAAACACACAUCUGACUCUCACCUUUUAAGGAAAUUUAAGCAAUAAACUACAUUUCCCAGAAACACUCUAAAGGAAAUGCGUCCGCUCUCAAAAGUGGUCCGACUCUGGCAAACUCGCAGCACAGAAAGCAACGUGUGCGCUAGCAACUAAGAAAGCUGACUGAGAAACACAAGUUAAACAGCAACACUGAGACUGAAACAAAGGAUCAUGUCAGUGGCUUUAAUCCAGCAAAUAAAGGAGCUGGAGGAAGAGCUGGAGAAGCUCAAGUCCCAGCUGAAGGAGAGGAGUGAAGCUGGCAGUCCGUCUUGUAAUGAAAACACAGACUGCAGACCUGAUGGUAACACCAGCAGCAGUAAAAAGGCUAAGAGAGCAGGCAAGGACCGUCCUUUUGACUUCUCGGCCCAUCCCCGGCGCCAUGUGGCCCUGCGGCUGGCAUACCUGGGAUGGGCCUACCAGGGGUUUGCAGUCCAGGAGAACACAGACAACACAGUGGAGGCCAGACUCUUUGAAGCUUUGCUAAAGACACGGUUGAUUCAGGAUCGACAGAGCUCCAACUACCACCGGUGUGGUCGCACUGAUAAAGGAGUCAGUGCCUUUUCCCAAGUCAUAACCAUUGAUUUGCGCUCCACUCAGUUUUGUGAAGGACCGGGCGUCAUACUCCCUGAACAUGUUGAUGUUAGUACCAAGAAUAAAGCUACUGGCUCUGAGCUUCCAUAUGUAAAGAUGCUGAACAGAGUCUUGCCCCAGGACAUUAGGAUCUUGGACUGGGCACCAGUAGCAGAGGGCUUCAGUGCACGCUUUGACUGUCAGUCCCGCACAUACCGGUACUACUUCCCCCGAGGAUCCUUGGAUGUGGCGUUGAUGGCAGAUGCUGCGAAAAGAUAUGAGGGCACUCAUGACUUUCGCAACCUGUGCAAAAUGGAUGUGGGCAACGGAGUCCUACAGUUUGAGAGGACCAUCUUGUCCGCAUCAGUGAAGCCUGUGCAGCCUCAGCACACAGACCAAUAUGACCUCUUCAUAUUUGAGAUUAAAGGACUGGCCUUCCUUUACCACCAGGUGCGAUGCAUGAUGGCACUGCUUCUACUGAUAGGGCAGAAACUGGAAGCCCCAGAGAUAAUUAAUCAGCUCCUGGAUGUUCAUAGUAACCCCAGGAAGCCCCAAUACAGCAUGGCAGUAGACUACCCGCUGGUGCUGUACGACUGCCACUUCAAAGGGUUGAGCUGGAAACAGGAGAAUGAAGAGGUGAGCCAUGUGCUGUCUGCACUACAACAACACUGGACCCAGAGUGCAGUCAAGACCCACGUCCUCCAUGGGAUGAUCCAGGGUUUGGAAGCCAUAGGUGGAGUGUCUUCUGACCACUGCUGGUUAGUAGAGGGCAGCCGGCAGAGAAACUACCGGCCCCUGCUGGAGCGUCCAUGCUGCGAGAGCCUGGAGUCACGAAUAAACCAUUUUGUCAAAAGAGGCAGACUGGAGCGGGAGGAAGGGGAGAAUGGAGGUGAAAUGGUUCACAGAGGGAAAAGGUCCAAACACAUCCAUGAUUCCCCCAGUGUCCCCUUUUCUUCUGACAUGCCAUCAUCAAAACAAAGUACAGAUAAAAAAGCAGAAGAUUAAUAUUUUCUCACAGGAGCAUGGAAAAUGUUGUAUUUCAGAAAAUAAAAAACAAUAGGUUUACAUUUUUAUGUCAUAAAAAGUGUAUUUACAUGGUCAUUCAUGCAGACAUUUGUUUUGCUUUGAAAUAAAAGCGUUUUUGAGAAAA